UUGGGUGGGUGUAUAGCUUUGGAGGUGGUUCUUUGAUCGGUUUGUAGCUUGGUAGCUGGGGUCGACCAAACCAACAAUCAUGAAUACAAGAGAGAUGAUUGAUGCCUCUGGAGGCCCGGUGUCGUUGACGGCCUCAUUCAACAGUGACAGCAGCUGUUUCUCCGUUGGACUGAACUCUGGGUUCUGCGGUAAGCUGGUCGUUGUUGUUUCUAUGCAUGUUAGAAGGCUGUAGGUAAACAUAGAACUAAUAUGUCUCGUAUAGUAUUCAACUCGGAUCCAUGCGAGCUCAAGGUAUCCAGAGGUAAGGCCUCUUGACACUGUCGCUAACAGUGAACGAUUAACUCAUAAAAUUCUCAGACUUCAACGCGGGAGUGGGCAUAGUUGAGAUGGUUGGACAGUCCAAUUACCUGGCCCUCGUUGGAGGAGGCCAUACCCCCAAGUUCCCCCAAAACAAGGUAUCCACGAUCUUUGCUUUGUUCUCUAUGUUUGAAUACUCACUUCCAGUAGGUAAUAAUAUGGGAUGAUGCAAAACAAGUCGCUGCCAUGACUCUUGAAUUUCGCACCUCGAUUCUGCGAGUGCGCAUCACAAAGUCUCGCAUAGCUGUUGCUCUUUAUGACUGUGUCCAUCUCUACGCCUUUUCAGUCCCACCUAAGAAGAUAGCCGUCUACGAGACUGGAGAGAACCCACAUGGCCUUGUCUGCCUUGGAGAGACACAUAUUGCUGUCCCCGGCCGAUCCGCAGGACAGGUUCAAUUGAUCAAAUUAGAUACAGGGAACGUUAGCAUUCUUCCGGCUCAUACCUCACCCCUGAGUGCAAUGACGUUCAGCGGUGAUGGAGCGGUGCUCGCCACCGCAAGUCAAACAGGGACAAUUAUAAGAUUAUUCGCUACUAGUAAUGGGGCGAAGAUGGCUGAGCUUCGAAGAGGUCUUGAUCCAGCGGAGAUAUUCUCUCUAGCAAUAUCUCCAUCGAAUACACUUCUUGCGGUCACAUCUGAUAAGGUAACUCUACACAUAUUUGACAUCCCACAUGCCAGAAAUGGACAGGAAACAGACAAUGCACCGGCAACCGCUCCCGUGGAAGAAUCAACAAAUCGGGGAUGGGGGAUAAUAAGCAAACUGCCUUUUCUUCCCCGUGUCUUCUCAGACGUCUACUCAUUUGCCAGUGCAAGAUUUGAUAUUGGCGAAGAACCACUUGGCUCCAACUACAUUCCGCCACCAGGUGCGCCUUCUGAGCGGCCUUCAAAAGGAAUAAUCGGCUGGACGAGCGAUAAGUCAUUGCUCGUGCUGGGAGCUGGCAAAGCCGGUAGAUGGGAACGUUUCGUUCUUCAAGAGGCGAGUGACGGGACCCGGCAGUGUCUUAGAGCUGGGUGGAAACGAUAUCUCGGAAGCUGA